AUGACUUCCUAUCACGGCGGCUGUGGCGCGGGAGGCUCGGCAGGUGAUGAUGGCGCUCCCAGUGCCUCGGCGGCCCGCGGUGGUGCUUCAGGCGGCGGGGAAGACGAGGCGGGAGCGAUAGGGCGCGCCGCGGCAGGCGCCGCAAGGGCAGGCGAGGCCGCGUUGGAUGAUUUUUCGGAUGCGCUGGUGGGCGAACCGCACUCGCUCUCCGUGGCGGAAACAGCAGCAGCGGCGGAAGCAACAGCAGCGGCAGGAGCGGAUGGUGGUGCAUCGCCUUAUGCUGCCAGUGCGGGUAGCACGGGUGCUGUGAACAGUGUGGAGGGGAUUGAACGAGAGAGGGGGCGAGAGACAGGGGAGACAGGGAAUUCUGGCGUAACAGCAGGGCCAGGAGAGGCAGGGGGAACAGGGGAGGCAGGAAGGACAGAAGAGAGAACAGAUCGUGUUUCUGAAGCUGAAAAGGUGGCUCGGGAAAUGAGAGCCGCAGAUGCAGCAAUCAACGGCGAGGAUCAGCCGCCGUUCCUGCCGGGCCUCCCAGACGACUUGGCUUGGGCCAUUCUUCUCCGUGUGCCUCGGAGCAACUUGCAGGGUCACAACGCGUGUGUGGCGUUCGAUCCGAGCAGCAGCACGUGGCAUACACUGCCGCCCAUCCCAGGAGCACAGCAGCGGUCGGUGCUGACACUGCAGUUCGCCGCAGUGAAGGGGCGCCUGCUGGUGGCGGGCGUGGUGGAGAGAGAGGACCCGCUCGACUCUGCUUCUGGCGUCUUCAUCUACCACCCCUCUAGGAACGAGUGGAAGCGGGCGGCAGCAAUCGGCACGGGGCGGUGGUUCUGCAUGUUUGGCGUGGUGGGCGGGCGGCUAUACGUGGCGGGCGGCAUCGGCACGUCCAACAGCCUGGCGCUGGUGGGAUCCGUGGAGGCGUAUGACGUGGAUGAAGACCGGUGGUGGCAGGUGGGCACAGCAGCAGCAUCAGCACGAGCGGAGCUGAUGACACUGCCGGGGUAUCAGGCAGUGGUGGGGGGGUGUCUCGUGGCGAAGAACAUCGGGUGGGGGCAGCGCCUGGGCGUGGCCUUCAACCCGCGUGACAACACUGUCACUGAGCUGCCCCCCGCCAUGGUGCAGCUGGAGAGGGGCAUGGAGCGCAUGAGCUGGAGCAUCAAUCACUGCCCCUCUCCUCCCCUCUCCCCCUCUCCAUGCACAGCAGCAGUGCAGGGGCAGUGUGGUGGAACAAAAAUCAUUUCCCCCCCUUUCCCCCCCGGCCCCCCUCUACUGCAGGGAUGGCAGGGCCCCACAGCAUCGGUGCAGGGGCACAUGUUUAUAGUUGACUUUGGGGACGACCAUAAGUUGAAGGUCUGGGACCCACACACUCACGCGUGGACGUGGGUCGGCAAGGUUCGGCUGCCAGCCACGUCCCACAAGCCGUGGGCAGCGCAGCUUGUCUGCUUCCUGGACCACAUUUGGGCAAGAAGGAAUGACGAGGAGAGGAGUGGAAGGAAUGAUGGGGAGGAGGAGGAAGAGGAGGAGGAGGAGGAGGGGUGUGAGGAGGAGGUGAUACUGGUGAAGGUGAUACCUGGGCCGGGAGGGGGAAACAAGGGUUCGGAGCUGGUGCUAACAAACGCAGUGCUGGGCUGCCAGGUGCUCUCCACGUGA